AACUGGGCGAAAUAAAAAAAAACCGAAACAGCCCCAUUUAAUGUAAACAAAAAUCACCACAAGUAAAUACAGGAUGCACUUAAACGAGCAGAUUAAAAUACUGGGUCGCAGGAUCAUACUGGUGCCCUACGAAUCCCGCCACGUUGAAAAAUACCACAAAUGGAUGAGCAACGAUACUUUGAGGCAGUUGACCGCUUCAGAGGAAUUGACUUUGGACGAGGAAUACGAAAUGCAGAAAAGUUGGCGCGAGGACAGCGACAAACUUACUUUUAUAAUACUGGAUGCUGACAUCUAUGCCCGUGAUCAUGACGAAAUAUUAGCCAUGGUGGGUGAUACGAAUCUCUUCCUUCGCCCAGAUCCGGAUCUAAAUGAUCGCCAGGUGGCGGAGGCGGAGAUUAUGAUUGCCGAACCGGAUGCGAGGGGUAAGGGAUUCGGACGGGAAGCCAUGCUCAUCAUGCUGAAAUACGCACAAUCCCAAUCACAGCUGAAACUGGACAAAUUCGAAGUCAAGAUCGACAUGGACAACACCAUUUCCAUGCAUUUAUUCGAAACUUUUAAAUUUGUGGAAACGAGUAGGGUAGAAGUUUUUCACGAGGUCACUUUGGAACGCCAAAUUACCCCAGAUUGGAUCAGCUGGCUGGACCAACAGGUUCAACUACAAAUCGAAAGCUACUAGGGUUACAAUAUGCAUUUAAAUAUAUAACCAAACUAUUUUUAACUAUAAA